UGAAGCUAAAUAAAGUUUAAAUAUUUAUUUAUUCAUUUAUUCAGAUUCUGACCCAUAAAUUGGGCAGAUUAUGUAUUUCCAAGUUCUGAUCACUAGCAAAGCCUGAAAUGUAUAAUAUUUACUUUAGGUUUUAAAUGAAUUUUUGACACCUGCGUUUCAGAAAUUUCGUAUCCACCAAUUACGAAAAUAUUUUCUAGCCAGUCUAGUAAUAAAAUAUUUUCUUGUGCUAUUUAUUUUUAUUUUUUAUUUUGUUUUUGCAGUCGCUCCGUAUUCGAUUUGAAGCAAGUAUUACAAGACUUUGAAAGUGCUCGUUCCAUUCCUCAAGCAAUUUCAGAAGACAACCUUAAACAACGUGUGUCUGCUCCGGACUGGAUUGAUUUAAAUUUGGCGCGACGAGGGCAGAAAUUCGCUCGAGGUAACAUCCUCGCAAUCUCGAUAUCGCACUCGUACGGCUUGACCACCAUGCCGCAUCCGGAUUUGGUUAAUGUCCUGCUGUUCACGGGGCGUUCAUCGAGCCCGGAAAGUGCAGCUAAGCGUUAUUAUUCCACCACGACGGAAAUUUUGUCCUGGUAUGAUGAACUUCCGUGGGGAUCUGGUCCAGGCGGAGGAGAAUUUGCGGAGGUUGCGAAAAGUCUAAAAAGAGUCAGGAUGCUACAGUUAAAACUUGCGAGAACCAUAUCAAGCAAAAUUUCGCGUGAGGGAAUUAAUCUAAAUUCACGCGACUAUUCUGCCUACACCCCUAUCGCAGCUUGGCCCUCGUUUCAUAAAGAUCUUGAAGAAUCAAACAUCCCGCUGUGCCAGAGGCGUAUCCCGCCAACUUUUGGGGAAAGUAAGGACUUCAUCCCCUUCAAUCAGCAUGCACUUGCCCUCACACAAUUCUCCUUUGUCGGUUAUCCCAUCCUAUUUCCGGAACGGUUUGGAAUUUUCCGCCCAAGCGAGGAUGAUCUCUGGGCUUUCAACCAUUUUUGGGCCAUCCUCGGAUAUACUUUAGGCCUUGAAGACAAGUACAACAUUGCACUCCAACCAGACCUAAAGUCGGUGAGGGAAGUUUACCUCGAAAUAUUUGAGAGGUACACAAUUGCAGCAGGGUUCCACUGGUGGCCGGGUGCUGUAUGUCUGGUGGAUAGUAUUUUCCAGGGUCUGGAAAGGAUUACUUUGCUAGGGACACCAAACUUUCUGCUGUAUCGAAUAUUGCGCGAUGUUUUUGACGUGGCUGGUCCAAAUAUGUGGAAAUGUCUAACGAUUAGAGAAAAGCUUAACAGCUCGUUUGCAGACCAUGUGUUUCUUCCAAUUCUGUUAAAGUAUCAAGUUACCAGAAAACUCUGUACGUUCUUGUACGUUCGUCAUACUCAAUUUUGUACACAUUAUUAACUUGUUAUAUAAAUAUUUUUAA